CUAUAACUUGGUGGAGGCUUUUAGCAAUUGAAUAUCUUCCUAUAAAGCUUAGUACAGUCAGUUACAAUCAGUCCCCCAUCCUCUCUUUCCUUUCUCAAAGUAUAUGAUGAUGAGAGAAACAAAACUAGUGGCAUUAGGCCUUCUACUACUCCAUUUCUACUUCUUUUCAAUCUGUGCUUCUACCGAAAAUCAGGCAUGCAACUCUUCUUGUGGAGAUAUUCCAAUCAGGUAUCCUUUUCGAUUAAAACAUGAUCCAUCCAGUUGUCGUCGUAUCCCUGAUCCUGGAUUUGAAUUGGUUUGCGAAAACAACCAUACAAUCUUAUAUGGGAAAUACUAUGUUACCCAGAUCAACUACCAUAGCCGUACGGUUCGGAUAGUGACUCCUGGAGUAAGAAAGGGCCACUGUUUCUCCUAUCCUCACUAUUCCUUGAGAUUGAGUGAAAUUUCAUGUCCAUAUGAUACGCAUAGAGAAUUCAAUUCUGUAGUUUUCAUGAACUGCACAAGGCCAAUCAACGCUGAUAACUACGUUCAAAUCACUCCUUGCGACAGCAACAAUGGCAGUUCAUUUUCUUCGGAAACAUAUGCUUAUGCACUGGUGGGGGACUCCCUGAAGGUGAGGGACAAUAUUCAGUAUUCAUGCACCAUUGGGUUGACUGUUAUUACUCAAAUAUGGAAGGGGGUUUCAGAGCCCAGUAAUCGUUCAAUGUCAAAUUUGCAAGAAAAUCUGCUUAUGGGGCUUGAGCUUUCAUAUUCGCCCGUCAACUGCAGCGACUACUCAUUCCACGGGCAAGUCGGGCAAAAAAUUUUAGGGUUUCUGAUGUUUGCUUAUUACAGUCUGUUGUAUCUUCUGGGGAACUUGUGGAGUUUGUUUGACGGACAUGUGAAGUUGAAGAGGCUCUUUCACAUGCAAGGCCUUUAUCACCCCAAGGCUUCCAUGGAACUCUACUAUUCCUACUAUCCCUACCGUUCCUACUAUUUCGAUCCUGAUGUUCUAGAGAAAGGGAGAUGGAUUCUGCACAACAUUGAGAUAACCAUAGGAGGAAGAUCUGCAUUGGGAAUAUUGUGUCUCAUUGCCUACUUAAUCUACAAGUUUCGUCGGAGACACUUAUCAUUAGAUGAUAGUAUUGAAGAAUUCCUGCAAAAUCACAAAAAUCUGCAGCCAAUUAGGUACUCAUAUUCAGAGAUAAAGAAGAUGACUGAUAAUUUCAAGACUUCACUAGGAAAAGGAGGUUUUGGCUCUGUAUACAAAGGAAAACUUCAAAGUGGUAGCAUUGUAGCUGUAAAAGUGUUGGCCACCUCUAAAGCUAAUGGAGAAGAUUUCAUCAAUGAAGUUGCUACUAUCGGAAGGAUUCAUCAUAUGAAUGUGGUUCGACUCAUUGGAUUUUGUGCAAAUGGAUCAAAAUGGGCUCUUAUAUAUGACUUCAUGCCUAAUGGGUCCCUUGAUAAGUAUAUCUUUCUUGAAAGAGAAAAUUCAGUUUAUUUGAGUUGGGAGAUGUUGUAUAAGAUUGCAUUAGGCAUCGCUAGAGGAAUUGAAUAUUUGCAUUGUGGUUGUGACAUGCAAAUUCUACACUUUGAUAUCAAGCCACAUAACAUUCUUCUUGAUGAAGACUUUACACCAAAAGUUUCGGACUUUGGCCUUGCAAAAUUAUAUUCAACAAAUGAAAGUAUUGUGUCUCUCACUGCAGCACGAGGAACAUUGGGAUAUAUUGCUCCGGAAUUGUUCUACAAAAAUAUCGGAGGCAUCUCUUAUAAAGCUGAUGUUUAUAGUUUCGGAAUGUUGUUAAUGGAAAUGGUUGGAAGAAGGAAGAAUGUUCAAGCAUUUGCUGAGCACUCAAGUCAAAUAUACUUUCCAUCAUGGGUUCAUGAUAAAUAUAAUAGAGGAGAAAACAUGGAAAUGGGAGAUGCUACUGAGGAUGAAAAGAAAUCAGUGAAGAAAAUGGUAUUAGUUGCACUAUGGUGCAUACAAUUGAAGCCUACAGAUCGUCCUUCAAUGGGCAAAGCAUUAGAGAUGCUAGAAGGUGAAGUCGAACUCUUGCAAAUGCCUCCCAAACCUACUUUAUCCUGUGAGGAAAUGUUAAUCGAGAAUCAAAUAAACAAUCCAAAAGGAGUACAACCAAUUUCUUCAUGUAAUGCCAUGGAUACAAUUAGUUUAGAUGGAAGGUAAUUUUUUACUACAUGCACUUGCCUAUCUUGUCUUGUAAUAGUAUAUGUUUGAAUGACUUAGGGUUAUUGAUCCCUUUUAAGACGCAUAUCUAUGUAAUAUUGUGAUGUUCCAUUCUGAGAUGCACUAGCUUGCUAUCUUGGAAGCAAUUAAGUUCCAUCUCUUGAUAGAUUUAUAAAGUA